ACUAUAUAUGCAUGUUGCUCCUGCUGACCUAGAGCAAUUGCUUCAGUCCCAUCCAGAGAUAGCUGAAGCCGCCGUGAUACCAUACCCUGAUGAGGAAGCUGGUCAGGUGCCCAUGGCUUUUCUGGUGAAACAACCUCACAGCAGCAUCAAUGAAAGAGGAAUAACGGAUUUUUUUGCAAAGCAGGUCGCACCAUACAAGAAAAUAAGGCGCGUAGCCUUUGUCAGUUCCACACCAAGGAGCCCAGCUGGGAAAAUAUUGAGGAGGGAUUUGAGGAACAUGGCUUUUCCAGCACUGCCUUCAUUGAAGAUGUAAUUUGCAGCUGAUUUCGAACUAUUUGGAAGUGCUCAUCUUUCUCAUCAUAUCCUCUAAGAAUGAGUUAUUUAUAGCUGAAGA